GAUCUAUUUCGAGCGUUAACAACCCUAUAAUUUAUUUUCUCAUAUUAUUAUUCACUGUAUUUCUAUGCACCAAAAUCAUCCACCAAACGAACCCUAAACAAAAAACUCUUAGUUUAAUUUUACAUUUUUGUUCAAAAUAAGUGGUUCAUUGAUCGGACUAGGGGUACCGGGGAUACUUGGACUGAAUUCAAGUUGGUCCUUGCCAUAGCAGAAAAAUGAACGACUUCGCAGUUGGGUCUGUACCCACUGUAUUCUUCAUUCCAGAUUUCAUUACUGAUUCUGAACACGACCAGCUCUUGAAUAAUAUAAACGGUGCGCCAAUUUCUAAAUGGAAAUCUUUGAAGAACAGGAGAUUGCAGAAUUGGGGAGGAGUUGUGCAUGAAAAAGGCCUUAUAGCGCAAGACU